AUGGAGCUCUAUCCACAGAUCACCGCUGUUCGGCCCACCCUCUUCAAGGGCGGCUUCCACGAAUUCGGCCUGCGAUAUUGUGCAGCCAAGGAGAAUCCCUGGGGCUGGGAUUAUUCGGGUUGCUCAAACAUGCAGGAGCUGCAAAUAAUCCUGGAGGGGACUAUUAUGAUUAGGCGGGUCAAGACUGAGGUGCUCUCCCAGUUGCCACCGAAACGUCGCGAAGUGGUCAUCCUCGAUCCCGGUCUUGUCAAGUCAGGCAGCAUGAAGAAGUUUGAAUGCAACUUGUCUGCUGUGGAGCUGAAGGUAUGUUUCCACGCCUGGGUAGAGAUUCCUUAUAAACAGUUCUGCAAUAUUAAAAAACUCUAG